AUGAAUCGACUAUACAAAGAGUACUGCAAAAUUGAACUCAAGAAUAAUCCAAGAAAGGUUAAGUCUAACCCUGAAGAUUAUUCUGUCAGGCGCUCUGCAGAAAUCACAGACACGGUUCAUAGCGAAACAUUCUGUAACCAGCCACGUGCAGAAUACUGGCUCAAGGACAAUUCCACCAACAGGACACCUGGUCGUCAUUUUCAAGUUUGCAAUGCAAUUGCCACAGUUGGCAAUCCCGCUGUCAUGCAGUGGGCGCGCCAACAAGGAUUCCUAUAUUGUUCAUUUACAUGUGCUAAAGCUGCUCAACAUGGACAUUUGGAAAUGCUCCAAUGGCUGCAUGCAAAUGGGUGCCCAUGGGAUGAGUGGACAUGUGCUCGUGCUGCUGAAGGUGGCCACUUGGAAAUUCUGAAGUGGGCUCGUGCAAAUGGUUGUCCAUGGGAUGAGUAUACAUGUGAGGCGGCUGCUCAAUAUGGAAAUUUGGAAGUUUUGAAGUGGGCUCGUGAAAAUGGCUGUCCAUGGGAUGAGUAUACAUGUACACGUGCUGCUCGAUAUGGACAUUUGGAGGUUUUGAAGUGGGCCCGUGAAAAUGGUUGUCCAUGGAAUUAUCACACAUGUGCCGUUGCUGCUGGAAAUGGGAAUUUGGAAAUUCUAAAGUGGGCUCAUGAAAAUGGUUGUCCAUGGGAUGAAGAUACAUGUCAUUAUGCUGCACAAAAUGGCCAUUUGGAAACACUAAAGUGGGCUCGUGAAAAUGAGUGUCCAUGGAAUGAACGAACAUGUGCUCAAGCUGCUGAAGGUGGACACUUGGAGGUUUUGAAGUGGUUACGAGAGAAUGGUUGUCCCUGGGAUGCAGGGACAUGUACCCAUGCUGCUGCAUAUGGGCAUUUGGAAAUUCUAAAGUGGGCUCGUGAAAAUGGUUGUCCAUGGGAUGAAGAUACAUAUCGAGAAGCCUACAUGUGUGACAACAGCGAAAUGAUUGAGUGGCUAUGUGACAACGGCUGCCCUGGGUCUCAUUCUGGAGGACACUGA